AUGAGAGUUGUCACAGCUGACAGAGAGGCAAUGGACAAAGCCAACGACUCUGUGGUGUCUGAGUUUGUGUUCCUGGGACUCUCCAGUUCCUGGGAGAUCCAGCUUUUCCUCUUCCUCUUUUCCAUUGUGUUCUAUGUGGCAAGCCUGAUGGGAAACCUCCUCAUCGUGCUAACUGUGAUCUCUGACCCUCGUUUACGGUCCCCCAUGUACUUCCUGCUGGCCAACCUUUCCAUCAUUGACUUGAUGUUUUGCUCGUCCACAGCUCCUAAAAUGAUUUAUGAUCUUUUAAGGAAGCACAAAACCAUCUCUUUUGUGGGCUGUGUAGCCCAGAUCUUCUUUAUCCAUGCAGUUGGGGGUACAGAGAUGGUGCUGCUCAUUGCCAUGGCCUUUGAUAGAUACGUUGCCAUAUGUAAGCCCCUCCACUACCUGACCAUCAUGAGCCCACAAAGGUGCAUUUUGCUUCUAGUCACUUCCUGGAUUAUUGGCCUUAUUCAUUCAGUGACUCAAUUGGCUUUUGUUGUAAACCUGCCUUUCUGUGGCCCUAAUGAAUUAGACAGCUUUUUUUGUGACCUUCCUCGAUUUAUCAAACUUGCUUGCAUAGAGACUUACACAUUGGAAUUCAUGGUUACUGCCAACAGUGGCUUUAUUUCAGUGGUUUCCUUUUUAAUUUUGAUCAUCUCUUACAUCUUUAUUUUGGUGACUGUUCAGAAAAAAUCUUCAGGUAGCAGUAUGUCCAAGGCCCUCUCCACUCUGUCAGCUCAUGUCACUGUGGUUGUUUUGUUCUUUGGGCCAUUAAUCUUCUUCUACAUGUGGCCAUUUCCCACAUCACACCUGGAUAAAUUCCUGGCCAUCUUUGAUGCAGUUAUCACUCCUUUUCUAAAUCCAGUCAUCUAUACUUUUAGGAAUAAAGAGAUGAAGGUGGCAAUGAGGAGACUAUGGUCUUUUUUUUUUUAUUACAGAUGA